AUAAGUCUCUCACUUGCCAUCCCUCCUCUGGUCCGCACUGUAGACCUAGCCCUCUCUGGACAGUACAUCGCAGCCUACACGCAGGAUUUAAACGGGCCAUGGAAUAACGCACAGACCACUCAAGCCUCGUCUUUGGAAAAAAGGGAUUUAGGGGUCGGCUAACUAAGAAGAGAGGGAAGAGGGAAAGGAAAUGCCCUCGAGCUCGUCCUGUCAUCUUUCAGAUGUUACGGCUUGUAUCUGACGUUAUAAUAGACCCUGUCAUUCAGCUAACUAACUUGAGACGUGCGUCUGGUGUUGAACACCCUCUCAUUCGGCUGACUUAAGACGGGCGUCUGGUGUUGAAGUAGCACCCUCUCAUUCGGCUCGACAAGGCUUCAAUCUGGUGUUGGACACCGCUCACAUUCAGCUCAUUAGACUUACAGUUUCUGGUGUCAAACACCCUGCGUCAUACGGCGAGCAGAAGCCCCCCUCGGUCGCCGGAGACCCGUGGUGUGUCAAAGAUGGACCAGCGACAUGGACAUUUCGUUUUGACAACAAUAGCAACAGCAGUGCUGCUGCCCUGCCUGCUGUCCUUUAACGUGGACCAGAAGACCGGCCUGUCCUUCAGUGGGCCUCUGGAGGACAUGUUUGGCUACUCCGUCCAGCAGUUUGCAAACGCUGAAGGCAAAUGGGUUCUCAUUGGCUCACCACAUGCUGGUCAACCAUCGAAGAGAACAGGAGACGUCUACAAGUGUCCUGUGGGAAGAGGAGACAACACCUGUAUCAAGCUCGAGCUGCCCCAAAACACAACGGUUCCCAACUUGCGUGAAGUCAAGGAGAACAUGACCAUGGGAACCACGCUGGUGACCAAUCCCAGCGGAGGGUUUCUGGCCUGCGGUCCUCAGUAUGGUUACAUGUGUGGUCAGCAGCAGUUCAUCUCUGGUGUCUGCGCCAACGUUAGCUCCUCCUUUGAGGUCCUGAACUCCAUAGCACCAGCAGUACAAGAAUGUGCCAAGGAGUUGGACAUUGUGAUCGUGCUGGAUGGCUCCAACAGUAUCUACCCCUGGUCUAGCAUCCUGGAAUUCCUGCUGAAGUUCCUCGCGAACAUUGAGAUCGGACCUCAGCUCUCACAGGUGGGCAUCGUAUCGUACGGAGAGAACGUGACUCAUCGAGUCAACCUGAGCCAGUUUGACAACAGGGAGUCGCUACUCAGAAAAGUCAUGGCUCUACCCCAGGACACGGGCAUCAAGACCAUGACCGCCUCGGGCAUCGAGACCGCCAGGAAAGAGGCCUUCAUGGAGGAGCGAGGGGCGCGGCCCGGGGUGAAGAAGGUGAUGGUGAUCGUGACGGACGGAGAGUCACAUGACUCCCAUGAGCUGGAUAGAGUCAUCGACGAGUGUCAGGACGACGGCAUCGAGCGCUUCGGAAUCGCCGUUUUGGGUGAUUACAACCGUCAGAACAAAAGUGCUGCCGAAAUCCAUAAGUUCAUCAAGGAGAUUAAGUCCAUUUCCAGCGAACCACUGGGAGAGCAUUUCUUCAACGUGUCCGAUGAGGUGGCCCUGCUCACCAUCGUGGACGCCCUGGGGAGCCGUAUCUUUGCCUUGGAGGCAACAUCUGGCAACCACACCUCGUCAUUUGCCAGGGAGAUGUCCCAGGCAGGAUUCAGCGCACACGCAUAUGAAGGCGGUGUGUUGCUAGGCGCCGUGGGCGCGUACGACUGGAACGGGACGGUGGAGAUGCACCUCGCUGGGCGCUCCGUGGCCCCCGACAACCUGCAGUUCUUCGACCCCGAGACGGAGGCCGGGUACGAGGGGCUGGCCGGCUACCUCGGUUACGACGUCCAGUCGGCGGCCACACCUGACGGGACGCUGUAUAUAGCGGGAGCCCCCCGCUACAACCACACCGGCCGGGUGGUCCUCUACCGCCUGGACGAGAAGGACAAAGUGGUGGUCACCCAGAUACUGAAGGGAGAACAGAUUGGCUCCUACUUUGGGAGUGUGCUGCAGACGGUGGACGUGGACAAGGACUCCUACACCGAUCUGCUGCUGGUGGGCUCCCCCAUGUACAUGGGCCGGGAGCGGGACGAACAGGGACAGGUCUACGUCUACAAGUACAACCAGGAGGCAGGCCUGUUCGAGCACCACUUCACCCUAAGGCCUGUCAACCAGUCCUGCUGCAACGCCCGCACCGCCAGCUGCACCAAUAAGAACGAGCCGUGCGGCGCCCGCUUCGGCACGGCCAUCGCCGCCGUGUCCGACCUCAACCUGGACGGCUUCAACGACGUGGCCAUCGGCGCGCCGCUGGAGAACGACCACCGGGGGGCGGUGUACAUCUACCACGGAGUGGAGAGGGCCCUGAAAGAGGCCUUCGUGCAGAGGAUCCCGGCCGGAGGAGACGGUGUGAAGGUGAAGUUCUUCGGUCAGUCCAUCCACGGGGUCAUGGACCUGAACGGGGACGGGAUCACGGACGUCACCAUCGGGGGGCUGGGAGGCGCCUCGCUGUUCUGGUCUAGAGAUGUCGGGGAGCUCCGUGCCACCAUGACCUUCGACCCCUCGAAGAUCAACAUCCAACAGACCAACUGUGAAUUCCAGGACCGCAAGACCGUGUGCGUCCAGACGGAGCUGUGUUUCACCUACAGCAUCAAGUCUGACAAAGGGGCGCCCGCCGCCAGCCAGGAGCUCACCGAAAUACGCUACGAACUGACCCUGGACGCCCUGAGGGCCAAGGCCAGAGCGUCGUUCAGCGGCCCGGAGGAUAAGAGAAGGAUCUCCAGGAACACCUCCAUGACGGACAAGAAGUGUUUCACGGAGCACUUCAGAAUGUCGGCCAGGCCGGACUUCCGGGACCCUAUCAUGGUCUCCCUCGUGUUUGGCUUGGCCAAUGAGGACCAGGGGCCAGUCCUGGACGCGAACCUGCCUACCUCCAUCAACAAGACUAUUCCUGUAGUGGACUGCGGAGUAGAUGGGAAGUGCAUUGCGGACCUGUCUCUUAAAGCAGAGCCAAGUGUCAAUAAAAUGGUGAUUAAAGUCUACAAGGAGAAGAUUACUGUGUCUGUUGAUGUUAAAAACAGCAAAGACAAUGCAUACAACACCAAGGUUGUAGUGGACUUCAGCCAGAACAUCAACUAUGUCAAAGUAGAGCCUGACAUCAAGGAGUGCAAUCUGAACCACACUCGGUUAGAGUGUGCUGUGGGGUACCCCUUCCUGGCCAGCAACGCAGAGGAGCAUUUUAAACUGACGUUUGAAGUCACCCCUGAGCAUAUUGGAGCAGAGAUUCAAAUAAACGUAACUGCUACAAGCGAUAGUGACGAAUCCCCUUCGACCUUGGGCGACAACAUGGUGAAAAUCAAAAUCCCUGUCAAGUAUGAAGCCGGGCUCAUAUUCUCAGUGAGGCCGAAGGACGAUCACAUCGUAUAUAAGGAGGGCGAACAGUACCCGGCCGUCUUCAACUACACCAGCGCCAUAGGGAAGGAGCUCACCAUAACAUACAAGGUGGAGAAGGCGCUGAAGGUGACCACCCCUCCCUUGAAGCUGACCAUCACCUACCCUUACCGGUCCACCAUGGAGAACAUCCUCCUCUACCUCACCCAUGUCACCUACAGCCCCCACAUCAAAUGUAAUGCGGACGAUCAGAUCAACCCAGAAAAGAUCGGCUCUAAGACCCAUACGGUCAAAACAUCAAAAGAAUCACUGAGCGCUUACCUUGUGAGCUGUGGGACCAUCCCUUGUAGGUCCUUUGACUGCAUGAUCUCUGAGGCCGUUACCAGUGAGGUCAACGUCACGUUUAGAGUGUGGAAACCCACUUUUAUCAAGGCUGAGUUUUCCAGCUUAUACAUGAUGGUGAAUGGUACCCUUAAAGUCCGGGAUCAUCUAUUUUUGCUGACCAGUGACCACAAUGCCCGGAAUGUGAAAAUCCAGGUGUCCAAGGAGGCUAUAGGAGGGAUCCCUUGGUGGAUCAUCCUGAUCAGCAUCCUGAUGGGACUGCUUAUCCUUGCACUAGUCAUCUUCGGACUAUGGAAGAUUAACUUCUUCAAGAGGAAGAGUCUGGAGGACAGGAAGGAGGACAUGAUGGACUGAGGGGUGACCAGAGGCCAGCACUUAGCACCAGCAGUGUCAGCAGCUCGGUGGGCCAAGGUUACCGGGCCACACAGACAAUGGAAGUAGGCCUACAAAAUCAGCAGCUGGACGGACUGCGUAACAUGCUUUAAAGGGGACAUAUUAUACCACCAGCUGUGAGUGGGAUUAGCCUACGAGCUGUUUUGAAAAUCUGCCCCAUAUGACAUCACUAGUGGGCGUGUCCACCUAGAUCUGAGCUGGAUAGAUCGGUUUACAAGCCUUCCCAGUGGACUGAAGUAAACGUUGCUCAUCUAUCCAGCACACAUCUAGGUGGACACGCCCACUAGUGAUGUCAUAUUGGGCCGAUUUUUGAAACGGCUUGUAAGGCUAAUCACACUCACACCUGGUGGUAUAUGUCUCCUUCAAGUCACACAUCUGCCUCACUGGUGUUUAGACCGACACAGACUGUACAGGCGAUUGACUACUUCCACUCACUCACGCCUGGGCAAAGGAGUGGUGUCCCUCGAACAAAAGCCAUAUAAAGACAAUCCCAAUGGUCUGGUAAGAUUAAAAAAGAAAUGUAUGUCGUAGUCUCCCCGCAGAUUCACGUCACCGGACUAAAUACACGUUUGUUUUUUUUGUCCUAUUAUUUGAAGAUGCUGUUGAAACUUAGUCAGCAUUUACUCUCACCAUCAACCUCUGGUCAGUUCUAAAAUUAGGCAAGAAUGGUAAAGUAUACAAGGGGAGAUGAGAUGUAGCUGGUGGGUGUCAAGAACCGCUUUGACAAACCACAUUGCUCGUAAAGAUAUAGCUGUUGCACUAAUAUCACCAAUAGUUGCAUGCACAUCUAAUUAGCUAAACUGCUAUUGAAAUAAAACACAUACUCAGGUUUUUAACUCAUCCACCCUCAAAAACAGUUUUAAAAUGAUUUAUAUAUGUAUAUUAUGUUGCUAUCUUAACAACAGCAAAGAGAUUAUUCUGAGAAAUUAUAUGUAAGCUAAGUGGGUUUAAUGGAUCAAACAUUUAUCUGGUGAUUUGUAAAGGCUACAUGUAGAAUACCAUUUAUACAUGUAGAAUACCAAUGUUCUAAACUAAAUUAUACAUGUAAAAUACCAAUGUCCUAAACUAAACAGAGGUUUGCUUUGUUAUUUUAAUUGAAACACUGUUCAUUUCAGCCUUUUACAUAUUUUAUUCCUUAAGGAUAGCCAUUUUAAAUAUGACGAAUUCCUCAUCCUCUUAUUCCUAAUGUUGGAUUUCUACACUGAUUUUCACAACGUUUUUUUUUUCACAAAGUCAAGGUGCAGAAUGUAUGCUUUUAUUUUUUAUACCAUUUUAACUAAGUUGAUUUGUAAAGCAGGAAAAAAUAUUAAUAAUCUUGUAUUAACUUUGUCUGUAAUUAUCGUUUUGGUUACUUGGGAUAUAGAUAGCCAACAGACUGCACCUUUGAAAAUAUAUAUAUAUCUUUGAUUGUACUGUAAAUGCAAAUGGACGCUCAAAUAUGUAAAGCUUUAAAUGUACAAAGUGUGUUUGCCACAACUCAUUAUUUAAGACAAAACUGUUUUUUUUACGACUUAUUCACAGACUUUUUCUUCCUGAAAACCAACAGAUAUUGCUCGGGUGACACCAUGAUAAGAGAAUGAUGAAGAAUGAUGAUUAAGACUUGUUAGGCAGAUAAAAGCAUUUCACAUGCUACAAAACUAUGUAAAUAUCAUUCUUAUUUUUAGAUAACAAAUUCUGAUUAUGUUAACUCUGUAGUCAAAGAUAAAUGAAGAAGAGGGUGUGAUUCCACUAUUUCCCAUCAUCUUAUAUUAUUUACGGUAUGUGUUAUUUGUGACGUUUGUUAAUUUCAAUGAAUAUCAUGUCCAAGUCUGAUUGACCAAAACAAAAAGAGCAAAACAUAUGUGUGCUAUGGAUUAGCAAAGAGUAUUCCUACCUAUAAAGGAUAUGAACAACAUAUACACAUUAUUUGUAUUAUGUGUAAGGUAAAUUCUGAUAAUUAUCUAUCACUGUUCACCAGCUGUUGUUUUAUGAUCCACAUCUUCUCGUCGCAGAGAUUUACAUUUUAAUGACACAAAUCACUUUAUAUUUGGCACACAACCCCAUUUAUCAGUCAGUUUGUUUGCACAGCUUUGCAGUUAGUGAAACUUCGGUGAAGUAAUUUUAUGAUCUUUGGUAGUGAUUCAGUUUUAAACCCUUCUCUUGUUUUAUUCUUCGAUACCGAUAUUCAACAGUUAAAACCAAAAUCCAAGAAGGAGACAGCCAUUAUUUUAAUACUGAAUUUUAUAAGAUAAUUCAAGUUUAACUUUCCACUGUUGAAAUCAAGCACAUAUAAAAUAUACAUGUAGAAUAUGUAGCAUUUCUAGGGACGGUGUGUGGCCAAAGUGGGCUAAGAUGCCUCAAGGCAAAGGUCUUGCUGUGGAAGAGCAGGUUAAGAAUGAAGCCAAAUGUUAUUGUUGAGAUUCCCAAUGCUCUACACUGCUGUGAAGUUAUCAUUGUAAUGCACUGGUUUGUCAUGCUUUCUCAUCAGCAUGAAAAAACUGAACUGAGUCUGAUGCAGAAAAAAAUAAAGAUUUUUUAUGAC